GUCAGAACAUAUAUAGACUCGGACACAAACACGCACACACACACGUCAUGGGUCAGAAGUUCUCAGCUUGGAAACAAUCUCACAAGGAGAAAAAGGCCGCAAAGGAGCGGGAAGAGGCGGCCAAGAGGAAGAACGCUCCGCAUCAACAUGGGGAUUAUACCAUCGGGGAUCCGACUGUACCUGACGUUCCCAACCCCGCUCCUGCCCCUCCAGCUCCAGCUCCGGCCCCCGUAGCGGGAGCGGCUACGGCCGUCUCGAUCGGGAUGCUCAGGGACCUCGCUCCUGACCCAAACUCUCGUCCCGAAAACCAUGAGGCUCAGAUCUUGGCUUCUCAGCGAGAAAACGUUGCGCCCGGAUCGACCACUACAGGCGCUGGUACCGGAGCUGCCGGAGGUGGCUACCCUUACGCUGGAACCGCGGCGGGAGGUUACGGUCUCAUGGGUGGAGAUUUCGGCGGAGAUCCGGAUAGGGAUGGUGUGGACGAUGACGCUGGGACGGGUGGAGUUGGAGGUAUGGGGAGUGGUGGGAUGAGUGGUGGCGGCGGGAUGGGAGGCAGCACUGGAGGUGGUGGUGGUGGUGGGCCGACCGCUUGAUAACGGGGCUUGCGACAAUACUUACAGAGAUUUCAUACACGCUGCUUUGGUGAUGAAGAUGCUGUGGCAACAAGAACAACGAACACGCAGGGGUGUCUUUCCGUAGCGCGCCACAUACGAGAUUGUCCAACCAUGCCGAACGAAUACAUAUAUACCAUUUCAGCUCACUCCCCACGUGAGGAGGAA